UACCAGUCGAUUGAAGGCGUUGGUGUGUUAUAGUUUAUUGCUCUGUUGUCGUUUGAGACGUCACGGGGUAUCAUGUAAAUUGUGGCCUUUAUUGACGGCAAUUUAUUCGUGUUCUCUAUCUUUCGUCUCGUGCUUAAUAAGGACUUUAUUUCGGAGUUCAUCGGUGUGAAUUGAGUGUGAACUCAAUUCGAACUACUCCAUCAUUUUCUACUUUCCCCACUUCAUCAUGGGUGUGUCUGAGCCCGGUUCCUCCACGACCCCUGACCUGCCUCCGAUGGAGCACGAGCGCCCAGGGUCGGGCAGCGGCCUGGAUGACGAAGACAUUCCUCAAAGGAAGCAGAGAAGAUAUAGAACUACUUUCACCAGUUAUCAGCUCGAUGAGUUGGAGAAGGCUUUCGGGAGAACCCAUUAUCCUGAUGUUUUUACUAGAGAAGAUCUUGCUUUGAAAAUCGGCCUCACCGAAGCUAGAAUACAGGUCUGGUUUCAAAACCGUCGCGCGAAAUGGCGCAAACAAGAGAAGGUUGGGCCCCACGUGCACCCAUACAGCGGGUACCUGGGAGGGGCCCAGCCGCUGCCCACGUCAGCCACAUUGCCGGGUCCUCCUCACCCGCUGUCACAACUUGGCUUUGGGCUGAGGAAACCUUUCGAUGCUGCACUUGCGUCUUUUAGGUACGCAAGCACACCUCUAUUCGGAGCACAAUACCUCUCUCCGCUAUCGCGUCCGCCUCUCUUCGGGGCCCCACUCUAUGCCACAUCACCCGCUCACUUCCACUCCCUCUUCGCGAACUUAACAGUUCCCGAACCGCCCCGACUUUCACCCGAGCAGUCCCGACCGGCGCCCGAUCUAUCGCAACACUCGCCCGAUCUCUCCCGACCGUCGUCCGGACAUUCCCGAUUGUCGCCCGAAGUUGCCCGAUCUCCGGCGCCAUCCAUGUCUCCCCCGAUAUCGCCGGGCAGUGAAAGCCUGCAUAUGCAACCAGUAAUGGACGAUGUUCGCACGUCUAGCAUCGCUGCGUUGAGACUAGCAGCGCGGGAGCAUGAACUCAGACUAGAACUGUUAAGACAACGAGCUGAUUUAAUGUGUUAAUUAGGAAAUUUAUAUUUUUUAUGAGUUUUAGAAUAGUGUAAAUAUUUUUUUUGAGAUUUGAGACAUAGAUUUGGUAUCCAGACGUGUAUUUUUUGAUAUUGUAAAUAAGUUUAUGUAAGCAUGUUAAUUUAGUUUUUAGUUUUCCUAUCGUAAAUCCGUCCUUACCUUGUAAUUAUUAUUAUAUUGAUAA